GGUAGUUUUUAGAAUUACCCCUUAUAGCCGGUCAAACGCGGGACCGAUUUGAAUUCGAAACUGGACGGUCCUCUCCCUCCUCUUUUGUUUAUGAGUUCCACUUCCAUACUACACUCCCAAACAAGAAAAAUGGUUUCCCAAACUCAGGAACCCAAUCGGAGGAAGGAAGAAGAACAGUCUUCCAGAAAAUGGUCUCUGCAAGAUUUUGACAUUGGAAAGCCUCUUGGAAAAGGAAAGUUUGGGAGAGUCUACCUUGCCAGAGAGAAAAAGAGCAAAUACAUGGUAGCAUUGAAGGUGAUAUUCAAAGAACAGAUUGAGAAGUAUGGUCUUCAUAACCAGUUGCGACGGGAAAUGGAGAUACAGAGUAGCCUCAGUCACCCCAAUGUUCUCCGUCUCUUUGGUUGGUUUCAUGACGGCCAACGCAUAUUCUUGAUUCUCGAGUACGCCCAUAGGGGGGAGCUUUACAGAGAGCUUAGGAAGUCUGGGCAUCUCUCUGAAGAGCAAGCAGCCACUUACUUUGCAAGCCUCACCCGAGCAUUGGCCUACUGCCACAAUCAGUAUGUUAUUCACCGGGACAUCAAGCCAGAGAACUUAUUGCUCGAUUUUGAGGGUCGACUGAAAAUUGCCGACUUCGGAUGGUCUGUGCAGUCCAGAAGCAAAAGGCACACCAUGUGUGGAACUUUGGACUAUCUAGCUCCAGAAAUGGUAGAAAACAGAGCCCAUGAUUAUGCUGUUGAUAACUGGACUUUGGGUGUUCUCUGCUAUGAGUUCCUUCUUGGGGUCCCUCCAUUUGAGGCUGAGAGUCAGACCGACACAUUCAAAAGGAUAAUGAAGGUUGACUUGAGUUUCCCUCCCACUUCGCAUGUGUCUGCAGAAGCAAAAAAUCUCAUCAAUCUUCUUCUUGUGAAGGACUCUACAAAAAGGCUUUCACUACAGAAGAUCAUGAAGCAUCCUUGGAUCAUCAAGAAUGCCAACCCAACUGGUACUUGCAUGGAUUAGUGAAUCUCAUAAUGUCACCUAAAGAUGUCAAUUCUCUGGUUUUUGGUUGUCCUGAUGGUUGGGAGCAGUUGGAUUAAAUGGUACAACAAGACCCAUCAAGUACAAAGAGAAGUGGUUACUGACUUUUUGGCUGCCAUAAUCCAAGUUGCCCAUUUGGGACUCGUAUUCCAUGUAUUGGUCCUUCUUGGUGCUGACACUAUUUUCCUCGACCUAAAUCCUUUAUUAGGUCCUUUCCGUAGUUCUAUCAUGUAAUUUCUCACCUUGUAAAUCUUGCUCCCAUUUGUAGUAUAGUUCUCUAUCCCUAAAACAUCAUUCUUAGUCUAACCUCAACUAUUUUGUGUCAGCUGCAUGAUCCUAGUUUCCUAUCCUAUAAAGGGCUAUAUCUUCAAAUAUAGAGUGUGUCUACAAAUUAUUCUCAUUUAACUCAUUCAAAGUAUUUUUCAGGCUUAA